CGCUGACUGUAAAAAUGGCUGCGUUCUUGCAGUGGCGAAGAUUCGUGUUUUUUGAUAAAGAAACAGUAAAGGAUCCGGCAGACAAUGGAAAAAACUUCACUGUUCCAGUCGGAAUAUCGGCCUGCGAUUCGGGUCGAGGGCAUAUUGUGCUGGGAGAUAUGGAGGGUCAGAUUUGGUUCUUGACCCGCUCCUUGCAGCUGACCUCGUUCCAAGCUUACAAACUGCGUGUGACACACCUCUAUCAGCUGAAACAGCACAGCAUUCUGGUGUCAGUGGGUCAAGACGAGCAGGGAAUAAACCCGCUGGUUAAGGUGUGGAACCUGGACAAGAGAGACAGUGGGAAUCCUCUGUGCACUCGGAUUUUCCCAGCCAUCCCGGGCAACAAACCCACAGAGGUGUCCUGUCUCAGCGUGCAUGAGAACCUCAACUUCAUGGCUAUCGGAUUUACAGACGGCAGCGUGGUGCUGACCAAGGGCGACAUCACCAGGGACAGGCACAGCAAAACGCUCACUCUGCACGAGGGCACCUGUCCAAUCACAGGGCUUGCCUUCCGCCAGGCUGGCAAGCUCACCCACCUUUUUGUUGCCACCUUGGAAAAAGUGCAGUGCUACACCCUGUCCGUGAAGGAGUACCCCCGGGUGGAGCUGGACACGCACGGCUGCGCCCUGCGCUGCUCGGCCCUCACGGACCCGUCCCAGGACUCCCAGUUCAUCGUGGCGGGGGACGACUGCGUGUACCUGUAUCAGCCGGACGAGCGCGGGCCCUGCUUUGCCUUCGACGGCCACAAGCUGCUGGCGCACUGGCACCGGGGCUACCUGCUCUUACUCACCAGGGACACCAAGUCGCCCAACAAGUCUGAGUUCGGGAGUGGGGAGACUUCUCCGACGGAGAGGCAGAUCCUGACCAUCUAUGACCUGGACAACAAGUUCAUUGCCUACAGCGCCGUGUUCGAUGACAUCAUCGAUGUGCUGGCAGAGUGGGGCUCCUUCUACAUCCUGACACGGGAUGGCAAGAUGUACAUGCUCCUGGAGAAGGACACACAGACCAAGCUGGAGAUGCUCUUCAAGAAGAAUCUCUUUGUGAUGGCCAUCAAUCUGGCCAAGAGCCAGCACCUGGACAGCGAUGGGCUGUCAGAGAUAUUCCGCCAGUAUGGGGAUCACCUGUACGUCAAGGGUGACCAUGACGGUGCUGUCCAGCAGUAUAUCCGCACUAUUGGGAAACUGGAGCCCUCCUACGUGAUCCGGAAGUUCCUGGACGCCCAGAGGAUCCACAAUCUGACAGCAUAUCUGCAGGCCCUGCACAGGCAGUCGCUGGCCAAUGCCGAUCACACCACGCUGCUGCUGAACUGCUACACCAAGCUGAAGGACAGCUCCAAGCUGGAGGAGUUCAUCAAGAGCAGCGAAAGCGAGGUCCACUUUGACGUGGAGAUCGCGAUCAAGGUGCUCCGACAAGCGGGGUACCACAGCCAUGCUGUCUUCCUGGCAGAGAGACACUCGCACCAUGAGUGGUACCUCAAGAUCCAGCUGGAGGACCUCAAGAACUAUCAGGAGGCCCUGCGGUAUAUCGGGCGCCUGCCCUUUGAACAAGCCGAGAGCAACAUGAAGCGCUACGGCAAGACCCUGAUGCACCACGUCCCAGAGGGCACCACACUGCUGCUGAAGGGCCUGUGUACGGACUACCAGCCCUGCCGAGACUCCACGGACAGGGAGAGCCUGGACAGAGGGCAUGUGAACAAGGCCAAUUCCGAGGAGUUCAUCCCCAUCUUUGCCAAUAACCCGCGGGAGCUGCGGGCCUUCCUGGAGCACAUGAUCGAGGUGGAGCCGCGGUCACCGCAGGGCGUGUACGACACUCUGCUUGAGCUGCGCUUGCAGGACUGGGCGCACGAGCAGGACCCUGAGAAAAAGAAGACGCUUCAGGAUGCAGCGCUGUCUCUGCUAACGAGCGACAAUACUGUCUUUGACAAGGCGCUCGUUCUGUGCCAAAUGCACAACUUCAAAGAGGGGGUGCUGUACCUGUAUGAGAAAGGAAAGCUGUAUCAGCAGAUAAUGCACUACCACAUGCAGAACGAGGAGUACGGGAAAGUGGUGGACGCCUGUAAGCGCUACGGGGAGCAGGAGGCGUGCCUGUGGGAGCAGGCCCUGGGCUACUUUGCCCGGAAAGAGGAGGACUGCAAGGCCUACAUCAGUGAGGUGCUGCAGCACAUUGACCAGAACAACCUGAUGCCUCCCUUAUUAGUGGUGCAGACCCUGGCCCACAACUCCACCGCCACGCUGUCAGUGAUCAAAGACUACCUCAUCAACAAGCUGCACAGGGAGAGCCAGCAGAUCGAGGACGACGAGCGCAAGAUACGACAGUACCGGGAGGAGACGGCCCAGCUCCGUGCGGAAAUCCAGGAACUCCGGACCAGCGCAAAGAUUUUCCAGAAGACCAAGUGCAGCAUGUGCAACAGCCCCCUGGAGCUGCCGUCAGUGCACUUCCUGUGCAGCCACUCCUUCCACCAGCACUGCUUCGAGAGCUACGCUGAGAGCGACGCAGAAUGCCCCACCUGCACCCCCGAAAACCGCAAGGUCAUGGACAUGCUGCGCGCCCAGGACCAGAAACGGGACCUGCAUGAUCACUUCACCCGACAGCUGAGGUGCUCCAAUGACGGCUUCUCAGUGGUGGCCGACUAUUUCGGCCGCGGCGUGUUCAACAAAUUGACCCUGAUCACGGACCCCCCGGGGGCCAAGUCCGGGGCGGGGAGUCUGGAGGCGGACCUUCAGAGAGACCUGCUGAUCCACACCAAGAGAAACGCCUGAGGCGCUGUGAAGCCCUACGUGCCCGUCGGCCAGGGCGCGGGCUCACCAGCUGUGGUGCAUUUAGCCACAGGGCAACAGCCAAAAACUGUGUUCUUUAAGGAGAUUUACGUUCAGACCAGGCCAGAACAACCUAAGCUUAGCUGGGGCAAAUGCUCCCAGGCCAUGAGCUUACAAGCUACCCAGUAUGUGCCCUGCAGCUCAGGAUGAAAUCUGUUCCAAGACUUUAAGGAGAAAUGCUGGGAAAAAAUGCAUAAUGUACCUUUCUGCUAGUGGUUGUUGUAGGGAGAGUUGCCACUAAUGCACAAGUGUGUGCAUGUCAUUUUAAGAGCUCCAUACUACAAGCAUGCACUGUGACAGUACUUUGUGCAGUUGUGCUGCUGGUUUCAGUCCAAGGCAAAAGGCAAUGGGAUUUCUGGGCACAACUGCAGUAUAGUGGGCUUAACAUAUUACUGUAUCUAAAACAUCUUUGAGCUCUUUCCUAAAGCUAAAAAAAACGCUUGUAGUGUAAAAUGUAAUAUUUUGUUGUCCAAAAUUUCUGCCAGACUAGACUAACUUGGGUAAUCGCUCUUCAAGAAAGGAAUGUGGCAUGUUAUACAUACACUCAAUGAGCAGCAAUUCACACAAUGAGGAAGAACUGUGAGCUUCAUUUGUAAUUGCUUUUCAGAAAAAAAUACAGUCUGCAUAUCUUUUUAUGUAAGUACAAUGAGAACAGCAUUGAGAAAGGAUUUGAGAUGUAUUACAGAAGCUGGGGCGUAUGCAAUUUGUGCAAACCUCACAAGCACUAGGAAUGGUUUGCCGCACUUUUUUAAUUGUAAGAAGUGUAUGCUCAGACCAGUGACAAGCGGUAGUGUAAAUUCAUUUUUUAAAUAUAACAUUAAUUUGAUCAUAUUUAAUGUUAUAUGGAACUGUUUUAAAAAUUCAUUGCUGUGUUGUCAACUCCACUUGCAUGAUCGACCACUCUGGCAAAUCCACAACUCAUGCGGUAUGUGUGCAGGUGUGUAUACAUAAAUGCAUUUGGGUAGGAUUACAACUGUAUUGCAAAUAAUGUUGUGUCGCUACAUGCUUAACACUUCAAAUGUCACCACAAUUUUGUGGAAAUAAAUGUGA